AUGACGUUGGAAGACAAAUUUAGAGACCUGGUGGCGGCGCGGCGGGACCGCAGCGGGGGCAGCCCGUGCGGGGGCGCUGGGCCCGGCCGGCGUCUCCGCAGCAUCCCGCGGCUCCGCGCAUCGCCCCCCCCCGGCCGCUUACCUGCGUGGCGUGGCGCUCGGCUCCGGAGCACAUUCACAUGGUCCUCUCCCCGCCCUCCUCCGGCGCGGCCCAGGCGGCUCCGGCGGCUCCGCGGCGGGGCCCGGGAGCUCGUGGGCCUCGCGAAGCGCCGAGGGGGCGGCGCCGGUGUCCCCGGCCCGGCAGCCCGGUCCCUCCCUGGCGCGGGCGGCGGCUUUGUGUGCGCCCGGGGAGUCCUCGGAGCGCUCCGGCUCGCGGCGGCCUCGCUGCGCUCCUGGCCGGCGGGCGGGUCUCGGAGGCCCGGCGCACGGCGACCCCUCCUCCUUCUCCGCGGAGCCCCCUCCCCGCCGGCUGCGCUCCUGACAGAUGGCGCAACUGCACCGACGCGCCGCCGCCACCGCCGCGGCUUCUCGCAGCUACUCUCGCUGAUGCUCGGCUUGCUCCGGAUCCCGAGGGGUGCGGGAGGGGGCGGGACCCGCGCUGAGACUGUCAGGUGGCUCUGCCCUAUCAAAGGGCCCGCUGGGAGCCGAGGGCCGCGGCCAUUGGUGCGCGCGUGGGAGGCGGGACGGCCCUGGGUGGGGCCGCCGAGUGGGUUGAGCGUUACUGUGGUGGCGGGCAUCCUGGCAUGCGGGCCGCGCAGGGUGUGCGAGAGGAUGCGAGGUUGGAGGAGGAGGUAAGUGUUCUUCUUAUCCCCUCAUCAAAGAAACUUCUCUUUGCAACAGAUGGAGACCAUUACAGAGAACCACAACCAAUCAAAAUGCAGAGAAAGAGAGGUCAUGUAGUGCCCAGUCUCAACUGAUACAUCUGCAGCACAGUUCCUGCACCUAAGGCACAGGGAUCAUUGCAGAAGAGGAGAUGGAAAGAUUAGAAGAGCCAGAGGAUUGGGGAGUUUGCUGUGAGAUUGUGUUUCCCAGAACUAUCAGAGAGGUUACACUCAUGAAGUCCCAUCAACACGGCUGCCGGAACAAGACCUGAACAAUGACACCGAUGGACAUGUUAACAUGGAAAGGACCUCAAUGCUAGACAAAGAACUAUGAACAGCUGAGGAAGGCUGAGAGUGGGAAAAAUGAUCUUCUCCGUGAAAGGACUCCCCGACCCUGCAACUGGUGAUCAAUUACCAAGUGGUGAGCCCUGAGAUAAUAUACAUCCAGAUAAUGUUACAUGGACUGAAAAAUCUUGUACUUAUGAUUUAUACAUAUACAAAUGUGUGAUAUAUAUAUAUAUAAUUAUAUAUACAAUCAACAAUUAAGAGGCCAUGAAUUUGAGAGAGAAUGGGGGAAUACAUAGGAGGGGUUGGGGCAAGGAAAGGCAAGGAGAGAAAUGAUGUAAUAAGAACUUCAAAAACUAAAAAAAAUUAUCAUAAAAAAUUAUAAUUUCUCAUAGACAGAACAUGCAAGGGUAGGUAUACAAAAUUUAGUUGUGAAGGUCUCCAAGUUAAGAGAUGAAUAAGUCAACUUGCUACUCCCAGGAAGAUACUCCAGAGUGAUACUGUCUGACCAGCGCCACACUGAAUGUAUUAGUCAGGAGAUGUCAGGUGCUGUGACACUCUUCACCUGACAGAGGCAUUAUUAGAAUGUGCCCACCAUGGUUCAGACCCUUUUAGGUCACAGAUUUCUGUAGUACUAUAUUUUUUAAAAGGAUCACGCCUCAGCUUUACCUCAUGCAGCAAUCGCAUCUGUAUAAGAUAUAGAUCUUAUAAUGUAUAUGGUUAACUACUUUCAAGAAUUCAAAUAGUCUCUCGCCAGGCUGUCGAUGGAAAGAUGAGCAAAAGGACAAGAAAGGUUUCCCCCUUGCAAACGUUAAAAACUUCCUACGUCUAAUGUCACAAGAAAGGGACUUUACUAGGAGAUUGGUUCAUGGAAUCAAUGGGUACAUGUGAGAACUAGGCUCAGGGGAAAACAAACACCAAGAAACAUUGGUUGGGAUAUCUGUCAGGGGACCCCCUACUGCCAGACUUCAGCCACUAGAGGAGAGCAGAGCCCAGGUGUAUAUAUACUAAGCAGUCUCCUCAUCCUUAUCUCUUACUGGAGAUUCCAGUCUUUAGGUGGCACUACCCAACAGGCUGAUGGGACACUAGUGGUAGCUUGGGCAGGAGGGAACUGAGUGUUCUGUUCCUUCAGCUUAUAUGAAACAUGAAGAGUCCUGUCUCCAACCCAACUGAGAUAACAGGACUCUCUCAAAAAGAGAGUUGAGACAUUAAGCCAGAGUUUUUAAACUGGCAUUACAGUUGCUCACCUAACCCGGUGUUCUGGGACUGUUGUUACUUAUCAAACAGGAGCUUCUUCCUUUCCACUCAUGAUUUGUCCUCAGCAAAAAGAUCACAGACUAGAGUCUUAGCUCCCUCAAACGGUGCCCGUUUCACCAUAAUAAGAAUGAGCUUUCAGCUUUUAUUUCAUCUGCAUUUCUCAAGGGAGGGUUAAUUGUCUCUGAGAGUUAAUUAUCUAGGAUUUACAGCUGGUCUUUUGGCGUGAGGGCUCCUGAGAAAUGGGAAGAUUGAUGGAACAUUGCCUUUUCUCCUGUCUUAAGAGUCGACUUAGAGGCCCAGGCUGUCUUAGCCUCCUCCUGUGUAUUGUCCUUCAUGUAGGAGACACUCCUGUGGUGGUUCCUGGCUCACAAUGACCCACCUCACCCUAACUGUAGCCAAAUGAUCAGGAUUAGACACUGAUCCCAGACUGAGACAAGUAUUAUUUACUGAGAAAUCAAACAUUAGACCAGAGUUAUACAGAUGUGAAUAUAUUAGUCAGGAAAUACCAGUUGCUGUAACAAAUAAUCCUCAUCUCUCCUUGAGCUUACAUAACAGAAAUUCGCUACCUCUCUCAGAUCACAGGGAAGCUGUUUCAUAAUGUGGUUCAGAAUUUAAACCUGGAUUUCACUCAAGUCAUUCUGUUCAAACUACUGGGAAAUAAAGGGAAGAAGAAAAUUGCAUGGCAGAUUUUUAGAGUCAGUCCUAAAAGUGACACACACGAUUUCUGCUCAUUGUCUGUUGGUCAUGUGACUGUAGUGUAGUACACAUGAGCCGGAAAUGUAGUACAGUGGGUUCCCAGGCAGAAGAGGAAAUGGCUUUGGCAAGUAUCUUGCCUAUAUGCAGCAUUAGGAGCUGGUGGUGUAAGUAUGCAGUGCUCAGGCAGAGACUAGGUAGAUAUACAUUUUCCAUCAGUACCAGAAUACAUUUUACAUUUCACAUGGGUAUGUAAUAUAAAUUCAUAAUCUCAGAUAGUUCUAAACAUUAGAAGGAUGACCAACAGCAACUCUCCAAAUUUCAUUUUGAAUAUUGCUUUACUUAGGCCAGCCUUUUGUUUUGUUUACUGUAUAAUCCAGCCAUCCUUAUCAAGCAAGAUACUAAGAGGCAAGGGAUGUUUUUGCCAAGGUAUGAGUCAGAUGGCACCAAUCUUGAGUCUGCAACCAUCUGUUGAUAGUAUGUGGAGGGCAGAGCUUAUUCCUUGAUAUGGGUGUUACUUUUUCCGUUGCUGUGAUAAAAUAUCCCAAUAAAAGCAUUUAAGGGAAAGAGGACUUAUUUUGUCUCUCAGUUUGAGAUCACAGUCCAUCAUGGUGGGGAAGGCCUGGUGACAGGAGCUGGAGGAGGCAGCUGAUCACAUUGCAUCUGCAGUCAAGAAGCAGAAAAUGGUGGAUGCUUGUGCUCAGCGGAAUUUUUCCUUUGUAUGUAGGACCCCAGCCCAGGGGAUGAUGCCACCCACUUUUAGGGUGGAUCAUCCUGCCUUACUUAAUCUAGUCAAGAUCAGCUCUCACAGGCAUGGCCAGGAGCUUGUCUCUCAGAUGACUAUAAAUCCCUUCACAUUGACAAUAAACAUGAACCGUCACACUUGAAAAAUGCCGUGUGUAAUUUUUAUCCUUCAGAAAUGUUUUAUUCCUCAUGAAUAUACUUGAAGAUUCUUUGAGUGUGCCUUACUCCAAAUUUUUUUCCAGAUUAGUUAAAGCAAGGUCUGAGUCAGCUAUAUUUAACAAGAGAUGAUGCAGAAAUGAACAUUUCCACAAAGUCCAAGAGGAACACAAUCCAUUUUAAGGAUCCUAAUUCACUCAACUAAUACCUGCUAGUCAACAUGUAAAUCACCUGCAGACUUUGUGCUUAUAAAAAUGCCUAAAUCGUC